AUGCCAAGCGGUUUGCAGUCUGUGGGUCAGUUUGAGUCACCUGCUAGUGAAAGGGGUCGUCCUGCUGAGCCCAGCGGUGUGGAGAACCAUGUGGAAGCUGCCGUGGAGCCAGAGAGGAUCCAGGCAGAAACAGAGAAUGGUGACUCUGCUGGUGCGAGGCGUUCUGAGAGAGCUUGGAGGCGAAGAGGACAUGCUGCGGAUCGGUCGGUGAGGGCUGAUCUUGGAACUGAUGGAAAAGUGGAGAUGAAUGGAAAAGAGUUAGAGAAAGAGUUGGGUGACCAGGUUCUUCAGCACGUUCAACAUGAAACAGCUAGGCUUCAGCAACAGAAUGAUGAGCUUCAACGAGAACUUCAAAAAAUGAGGGAAGAAAGGGAUCGUCAUGUUGCUUUAGCAGUACCGCCGUCAUGGGUGCCGAAGUCACCUCCACGCAUGACCCCAUCUAUGGAAUCACAUGGAGCAUGGGUAUCACCUGUGUCUUUCCAUUGCACACCAAAUGGCACACGUGUUCCGCCGGGACCACCACCACCAGAUCCACCUGCUUUGCCUGUUUGGCCUCCGGAGAUCAGCAGUGUUGAGCCCAGUGUGGAACCUCCCAGAAAGAUCCGAGGUGUGAUGGGUGGGAAUGGAAAUCGGAGCAGUGAUGUCUGCUCACCAAGAGCGGCUAGGAAUCUUUGGCUUGAAAGAGAAGUAGCAGCACUGCAAGAGAAGUUGGAUCAAGAAGCCUUGAAAAACAAACAGUUGUCUGGGUAUUGGUCCACCAUGAGAUACACUGCCAUGAACAUGCUGCAUGCUAGCCCGAUCACCAAGAAAUACACCACCAUGAACAUUCUGCAUGCAAGCCCGAUCACCAUGAAAUACAUCACCAUGAACAUGCUGCAAGCUAGCCCGAUCUGGUUGAUAAAGAUCACCAAGCGCAUGCUCAGUGCCAGCCCGAUCACCAUGAAAUAUGCCGUGAUGGCGAGCCGCUUCACUAGACAUCCAACGAUCGGUCAUGCCAGCUUGACGUUGGUGCCGAGCAUGAGCAUGGAGAUGUAUAUGCACGAGGUCGGGCUAGCACUGUGCAUGGGCAUGGAGAUGUAUAUGCACGAGGUCGGGCUAGCACUGAGCAAGAGCUUGCAGUUGCUUGAAGGAGUUUGCACUCAAGAUCGGGCUGGGCGUCAGCGUAGCAUGUCACGAGGAGAUCGAGAUGUGGUCGAAGAUGGUGAUCUGAAAGCGAUUCCAAUCACUCUACCUCUCUUGCCUUCACCGGAAGGACGCGAUUCAAGUUUGGAAGCUGGAGAUUGGCUGAUCCAACUUGCACCACUGGUUGGAGACUUAUCCAAAAAUGCUGCGUCUUGGUGGAGGAGAGUCAUGCAGGCGACCACGGACAAGUACUCUGAGUGGCUCUAUGCCGACCCAUUGGAAACGGUUGCUGCUCUACGUCUAUGGAAGCGAAAGGCAAGCAGAGCUGCUGAGUUGUGCACUCAGCUUCCGGAUCCAUUGCUGAUGAUCCGAACACUGGAUGGAAUCUCCAAACCGAUCGUCAACGGAUCGACUCAGGCAAGUUUUCGCAUUGCCACGUUCAGGAUGAACCACAACCUGGACGUGAGACCAUCCAUAGAGAACCGUUGGCUUUUCUAUGAUCUGCUGUUGGCGGAGGCGGAGAAUGCUGUGCACUCAACCUCUACUGCAAUUGUUAGUGAAUGCAAGACCCCAGCAAAACCAUCAGUGAAAGCGCUGCAGUCACCAUCUACGGCAAAGUCCAGCGAAUCGUCCACCCCAUCAACAUGGCCAUGCAAAUUUUGGUUGACGGAUGGAGGAUGUCGUCAAGGACAAAGGUGUCGGUGGCCACACUCAUGGGACAAUGUGAGCGACAAGAACUCACGAUGUUGGCUUUGCAGCUCCACGCAACAUCUACAACAAGAUUGCCCUACGAAAGCACAGGCACGUGCACCUGUGGGGGGAGAUGGAGGUCAAGAUGGUGGACAAGAUGUUGGAGGUGGAAAAGAAAAGAAAGAUGCCAAAGGGAAAGGAAAACACAAGGGUAGCAAAGGCAAAGGAGAAGGCAAGGUGGGGGUCAAAGAGAACACCCAGUCAGAAAUCAAAAAAGAAGAUGGAAACAAGACCACUGGCAAUGCCAAUGAGGAGAACAAGGGUGUUGGAGGUGGUACGAAAAAUGCGGGUGCAUCAGGUACAACUGCUACAAGCGAGAAACCGGAAGGAGCUGGAGGUGGAACAUCAGAAGAGCUGCUACAAGAAGCAACCAAGCUCCUGAAGUCUUUGCAUCUACCCAGCGUGAAAUCCAUAAGCCUUCAAGAAGUUGGUGAUGUCAAUCAGAACCAGGAAGGAAAAAUGUUGUUGGACAGAGGCGCGACCCACGCACUGAGAAGGGCAGCAUCAUGGUUGGAGUGGGAGGAGGCCAGUGUGCCUUUGGCUAGAACAGCAAUGGUCAGAGCGAUCUUGCAACAGCCGGAGCUGGUGACGAAGUUCCCCAAUUUGGACCCGACUGUACUUCUUAUGGUUCUGCUGAAACAAGAAUAUCCAGAUCUUCCUGACAGCAUCUGCCGCAAGAUUGUUCCAUCAACUAAAGAAGUUCAAGGAGAUCAACUGCCGUGGAAUAGAAGGCAAAGGCGUCAAAUCCUGAGAGCUCGGCGAGUGGUGGUUCAUCUCUACAGUGGUCCAGAUCAAAAGACAUGGAAGAAAUUAGAGGAUGCUCACACUGUGGUUAUCUGCGUUGACAAGUUGAUCAACCCCAAGAUGGACAUGAUGAAUGACCAAGUGAUGCUCUUCUUGAUGAAAUUAGCUAUGAAGGGGUCGCUUCAUGGCCUGAUUGGGGGCCCACCAUGCAGGUCAGUUUCGGCCUGCAGAUAUGCUGAGGAUGGAGGUCCCAAACCUGUGAGAAGCGAAGCUGAACCAUAUGGUCUUUCAACCUUGUCUCCUGCGCAAUUGGAAAAAGUUGAAGAGGAUGUCACGUUGCUCUUCCGUAUGAUGUUGCUGUACUCCAUUGCAGAGCACUACAAGGUGGGAUGGUGUGAGAAGGUGUUGUUCGCGCUCGAACAGCCUCAGGAUCCAAGAGAAUAUCGUUCCAAUCAAGAUGUGCAGCGGCAUGGAUACAUGAGCAUCUGGAGAAUGGCAGCUUGGAAAAGUUUUGCUGCUAAGUAUGGGCUUCGUCACACCUGUUUUGAACAGGGAGCGUAUGGACAUGUAAAGCCAAAGCCCACCACUGUUGCACACAACAUAGAUGGCUUGGAUGAACUUCAGGGGGCACAAGCCCCGAGAACAAGUGUGGAAAGUAAGCGACAGGAGAAAACGUUGGAGGAGCGUAUGGCAGAAUCAUCAACGUGGGCUACAUGGGCUCCGGGGUUGAAAGCUGCGAUGAUUGAGGGGAUGAGGAGAGAGUUUGCAAAGGACGAAGAUGGCUGUCGCCAGCUUGGGGCACCGGGCAAUGGGAGGAGGCAACGUGGGACUCUGAGACCGGUGGCACGAAAGCCCAACGAUUACAGCCGCAAUUGUCAUGCAGCACCACCAGAGGAUGCUCCGCUACCAUCCCUAGAUGAGGUGAUCGAAGAGGAUGUAGAAGAUGGUGAACUUCCUCGCUUUGAAGAGGGUGAUGAGGUAGGUCAUGACACAGUGGAUGAGGAUGCGAUGAAUGCAGCACAAGCGCCUUACAACAGCUGGAUGAAGUUGGUGGAGGAAUGCAAACAGGUGAAAGUCAAAACUCUUACGUUCUCAGAGGUUAUCCACUCACGAGAGACUGCUGAUGUCAUGGAAGGUGGCUAUUGCGUGCAGUUGGAGGAUGGCAAGUUCCUAGCGUCGUCUGAUGUGGUGGUGGAACAAUUGGAACCGGGGGAGGUGCCAGUUCAGGAGUUAGUGGUGCAAGAACGAUUGCAAGUAGCUGAAGAUCACCAAUUUGCUGAUGUGCCUCGACGAAGAUUGAGGUACAAACAAGCGGUGCCGCAACUGGCUCGACUGGAGUUGGCAUCCAACUCGGGGGAGGAAGAGCGACAUGGACUGGGUGAAGGUGACAAGUUGGAAGUGAAAAGAUUGAUGAAAAUGCAUCAUGAAACUGCAAAAGUUUUGAGUGAAGAAUGUGUUCUCAUGGACGAAAUGGACAUCAAUCAGGUCCAUCGAGAAUGGGAACAGUGGAAACCAGCUAUGAUGGCAGAAUACAACUCCAUCGUUCAGGAAAAGAAGGCAGUGAGACAGGUCUCUCGAGCUGAAGCAGUGAUAGCUAUGACCAUACCGGGCAUCUAUGUCAAGUUGGGAGCUGCAACGGCACAAGAAGUUUGGCUGGUGGAUGCAGCAAUGUAUGGCCUUACCAGUAGCCCUCGAGAUUGGUCUGAUCAUCGAGAUAAGGUGAUUCCGGCCAUGGCAUGGCAGCGAAAAGAGGGAUCUGCAACUUGGGUUGGUGGUUUUCGUCGAGCAGCAGAUCAGCACUUGUGGCAUCUUCGAGAAGAGUGCGUGGAAACGGGGGAGCGUGUCAACCGGGGCCUGAUGGCCAUCUAUGUUGAUGAUGUGCUUUUAGCUGCAGGAGACAAAGUUGCCCCUUGCGCUCUGGAUGCUAUAGCUGCGGUAUGGGAAUGUGCCAAGCCUGAGAAAGCCUGCUUGGAUCAAUCAGUGACGUUUUGCGGUUUUGAAGUUCAAAAGAAUCAGCUAGAACAUGGAGGAGGAUUUCGCUUGCAUCAAGCGAGCUAUGAGGAAGAGCUCCUGAAAAAGUGGAGUGUUCACUCCUCUGCCAUGCAGCUGCAAUUCAAGCUACCUACACCGGAAGAGGAGGCGGAAAUGCAGAAGUCUGAAAGUCCUGAUGAAGUACGUCAAGCCCAGGCAUGCACUGGUGCCUUGCUUUGGUUAGCAACUCGAACAAGGCCGGAGUUGUCAGUUGGAGCAGCUUCAAUGUCAAGGUUAUGCACAAAGUCACCUGGGACGACGCUCCACAUUGGGAAGAAAAUCAUGGAGUACCUCAAGAGACCGACUUUGGGUCUGAUCUAUGGUGCCACUUGUGGACCAGAAUAUGGGGAUCGUCAACAACUGAGCUUGCCAAGGUGUCAACCUACUGUGGAGGCCUUCUCUGACAUCUCCUACGCUUCAACAAAAGGGUAUCGGUCAGUGCAGGGUCAGGUGUAUUUCUACGCUGGAGCACCUAUCAUUUGGAGUUCAAGUAGGCAAAGUUUUCCAACACAAUCUACUGCAGAGAGCGAAUUGGUGGGUCUUUGCGAAGCAUUAGUUGGAGGUAGAGCAACAGCAGCAUUGGUAGCGUCGGUGAGAGAUGAAAAGGAGGAGGAUCUUCGCAAAAGAUUGUGGGGAGACAAUUCUGCUGCAAUCAGUUUAGCUACAGGAGAGGGUCAAGGAAGUUGGCGCACGAGACAUUUGAGAAUCCGAGCUUCGAUUUUGCGUGCGGCACUUCAUCAAGGAGAAUGGCAGUUAGGUCAUCUCAACGGCAAAGAGUUAGUUGCGGACUCUUUCACAAAGGUGGUUGAUGGACAAGCGUUUGAACGUGCUCUACAAGAUCUCUGCGUGGGCACAACCAAAUCCAAAAACUUGGGCGAGGGUGGAGUUCGAAGCGACAUGAUCAAUGCCAAGAUCGCUAUGCUGGUGGGCUCCACACUACUUUCAACAGCAAAAGCAUCGGAUGGUAUGGAGAAAGAUGAUGAUAUGUUCUGGCUUUGGACUUGCGGUCUGAUCCUGAUGUGCGUGGGUGCAGUCUACGUGUGCAGCAAGGCGUACCGAAGUGGCGUUCGGUUGUACAAGAGACUCAGUGGGGCAUCGGGUGACCACUCUGGUCCCAAGGUCAAAGAACAUGGAACAGAACCUCAACUGAAGAUGCUGAGGCUGAGUAGUAGCGAAGAAGAGAGCGAUGAAGGAGACCAGUUGCCGAAGCGGAAAAAGAAGAAGAACAAGAACAAAAGGGCGAGUGGAGAGGAUGAUGAUGCAGCUGUGGAGAGGGCGUGGCAAUCAAUGUUGCAAACAACAUCCAAUCUUUAUGGCGCAUCUUCAUCUCGGCAGUCACGGCCACAGUCGGGCUCAAGCAGCGCUGUGGUGGAUGAUUCAUACAGAAUGCGGCCACAGUCGGGCUCAAGCAGCGCUGUGGUGGAUGAUUCAUACAGAAUGCGGCCACAGUCGGGCUCAAGCAGCGCUGUGGUGGAUGAUUCAUACAGAAUGCGGCCACAGUCGGGCUCAAGCAGCGCUGUGGUGGAUGAUUCAUACAGAAUGCGGCCACAGUCGGGCUCAAGCAGCGCUGUGGUGGAUGAUUCAUACAGAAUGCGGCCACAGUCGGGCUCAAGCAGCGCUGUGGUGGAUGAUUCAUACAGAAUGCGGCCACAGUCGGGCUCAAGCAGCGCUGUGGUGGAAGAUUCAUGCAGAAUGCGGCCACCUUCGGGCUCUAGCGGCGCUGUGGUGGAUGAGUCACGCAGAAUGAGGCCACCAUCGGGCUUUAGCAAGGCGGCUGCUGAGAAAGUCUCACCCCAAAAUCCAUGGAAUGAAUUUCAACAGGAAAUGUCAGGGCGGGGAUGGACUCAAGAUAAAGUCCGGGCAGAGUACUGGAAAUUCAAGUCGACUGGCAAAAAGCCAGUAUGA